GCUGACAUUGACGAAAUUUCCUGGUUCUGAAGCUCCGUGGACCUCCCUGAAAAUCAACAAGACGCACGGGUUUCUCGCAGGAGCCGGGAGGUGCACUUGCGUUUGACCCAAAGCUCUGGAGAAUCGACCAGCGUUUCGGACAACUGAAGGGAGGACGAGAUAUUUUAUGGAGACAACCGUCCAGCCGUGGGCGUGAGGAGUAAGGAGUCUUUCCGUGAUUUCUUAGGGCGCUUAUUGUAGGGUUGCCAAGGCGAACCUCGGGACCAAACGCGAAACCUCGUUGUUAAUGAAACUUCCCCACAAUUUAUGUGCAAGGGUUGCCGUUCGCCAUGCUGAGCUGAGGCGCGGGGACACCGGGAACAUGCUAAAGCGCCUGGACAAGAUCCGCUUCAGAGGUCAGAAGCGAGACGAGUUCCUGGAUCUGUCCGAGUCUCCCAACGCGUCGGACACCGAGUGCAGCGAUGAGGCCCCGGUGAAGCCCCGCCCCUCGCUCCGAGACGACGACCUCCGGGACCCUGCUAGCCCGGCGUCUCUCUCCAUGGCCGCAGCCAUCCAGGACUUCCAGAGGACCGAGUCGGACCGGCUCACCGAGGUCAAAGGUCACCUGGAAGUGGCUUUGCUGGAGAAGCACUUUUUACAGGAGGAGUUGAGAAAAAUCAGAGAAGAAACCAACAUCGAGUCCCUGAAACUGGAGCUCGAGAAGGAGCGCGGGAAGAGAGUAGACCUGGAGCAGAAGAUGAACGAGGUCCUCAAGACCAGACUGGAAGACUCACCGCCCCAGCCUCCUAAAACACAACCACCAGCUGCUAAUGGGACAGCGGACGGCCAACGCGACACGCUGUACGCACGCGUGCAGAAGUGGCUGUACGACAAGCUGGCCGUCUACAUCGAGGACUUCCGCUUCCAGCCCGAGGAGCAGGCCGUGGAGCCCGACGAGCCGCUAAGCGCUAAACGGCUAACAGAAAACAUGCGACGACUAAAAAGAGGAGUCAAGCCUGUCACAAACUUCCUGAGGAACCUCUCUGCCUUAUCCAGCUGGCACUCUGUCUACACGUCAGCGAUCGCCUUCAUACUCUACAUGAACGCUGCAUGGCAUGGCUGGGCCAUUCCUUUGUUCCUGUUCCUCGCCAUCCUGAGGUUGUCCUUAAACUACCUCAUCGCCAGGGGCUGGAGGAUCCAGUGGAGUAUUGUGCCUGAAGUCUCAGAGCCUGUGGAACCACCAAAGGAAGACCUAACGGUUUCAGAAAAGUUCCAGUUGGUCCUCGAUGUUGCGCAGAAAGCGCAGAACCUAUUUGGCAAGAUGGCCGACGUGUUGGAGAAGAUAAAGAACCUCUUCAUGUGGGUGCACCCAGAGAUCACUCAGAAGCUGUAUGUGGCUCUGUGGCUGGCCUUCAUCGCCUCCUGCCUCCUGCCUUACAAGCUCCUGGGCUUCAUGAUGGGCAUCUACGCCGGCAUCAAGUUCUUCAUCAUCGACUUCAUCUUCAAGAGCUGCCCCAAGCUCCGGGAGAAGUACGACUCGCCCUACAUCGUCUGGACCAGCCUGCCCACCGACCCGCAGCUCAAAGAGCGCUCCAACACGCUGAUGUCCCGGCGGCUCCAGCCAGUGACGUCUCGUAGCAGCCUGGCAGCCAGUGCCCCCUACGGCAUGAGCCGCGACGAGGAAAGCGGACGCCUCUACAGCACCAAGAAGGGCGCUUUCCACGAAGUGUUCAACCUGUCUGAGAGUGAGCGCCCCCUACCGGUGUGUGAAAACGGGUGGCGGUGUUGCUUGAUAAACAGAGACAGGAAGAUGCCCACCGACUACAUCCGGAACGGCGUGCUCUAUGUAACAGAAAAUUACCUCUGCUUCGAGAGCUCCAGCUCCCGGUCGAGCUCCUACAAAAAGAACAAAGUCAUCAAGCUGGAGGACAUCACCGACGUUCAGAAGUACAAGGUCCUGUCCGUGUUGCCAGGAUCCGGGAUGGGCAUUUCCAUCGCCACGCCCUCCACCCAGAAACCUCUGGUUUUCGGCGCCAUGGUCCACAGAGACGAGGCCUUCGACGCCAUCUACACGCAGUACUUAAAAAUCAUGCCCGCGGUGACCAACCCAGAGCCCUAACGUCCAACGGGGGGGCGGGGUGGUGGAGUUUCCUCAAUCCCAUGUACACACGUGUGCGCUCCCGCGUAUAUUUUCAGAGAAUAAGAGAAUACGCCUCAUUCGCUGUAGCAGGGGAACUGACCGUUUCUGUUGACCGUUGACAGUAGCAGGGGGACUCACAGUUUCUGUUGAGGCGGGGGCAUCAGAGAGGACACUAUUAAUAUUAGGUCACGGUGGGGUGUUUUGGAAGAGGUAGGGGGGGGAGGCUGGAUCUACUUACCUACCCGGCAGUGCCGUUCUUCCUUCCGUGGGGAUGUGUGAUACUCUGAUGCGUCUGUUGAAAAGGACCGGUUAGGAUUUCACUGUUUUUAUUGUUUCGUUUUUUGUUUUUUUUGGAAUUGCCGCGGUAAACCUCUGCCAGGCAGCCACGUCAUGUGGUGGGGUACGCCAGGUGGGCCGGAGGCUGGAGAAAAGCCGUCGGACGCUGAACCAAAAAGAAGCCUUCCUUGAUUUAAAGCCUUUCUGGAAGUUAGCGCCGUUCUCGCGAGUGCUGCGCCCGCUGCGUUUGAGAAAACCGGACGUUCUUUCACCAGUGGUGGAGUGUGGAGUAAAGCGUGAAGCUAUUUUAGGGAGCGGUUCUUUUUCAUAACGGUCAACGACCGGCCAAAUGAGUCAAACCGAAAUCAGCCGAACGUGUUGGUGGCAGUGAACAGCAGUUUCUAUUAACACAACGUCAAAACUCAUUUAACAGCGACAUAUUAACAACCCAGAUAUGAAAUAACUGCUUCUGACACACACCUAAAAUAACACUGAUAGAAUAGCAUAGGAAAGUGUAGAAACCUGCACCUGCCACACUUAACACUGCACAUAGGUUUCCCAUACAAAAAUGAAAUGUACUGCCAUAUAUUGUACAUAUGUGUACUUUUUGAAAAAUAUAACAAUAAAUAUAUUUCGCAGCAG